GGUUGUUCCUCAACCAGGUUCUGCAGUGCCUCGGUUUUCUUUUUCUUCUUCUUUUAACAUCUUCAUUCAAUCCCCUGAACAACAGCAUACCUUUCACAGUAAUAGUACCGUCUUUCUUCUUUCUUCCUUGUGGAAUCGCCUUCACUUGCUGUGUUUGUGAAGGAAGAAGGAAAAGAGAAGGCGCCAACGGUUCUAGGAAGGAGGCCUCUUCCCCUCCCUCUGCUUCCAGCGCGGGUCCUCCACGCGCGCGACGCGACGCGCCCCACCCCAACACGCAUAGACACACCGACCGACACACACACGCACACAUUCAUUUUGUCUCGUAUUCGUUGAGCAUACGCAAUCGUGUUUGCUUGCGUAUCCGGCAAUACUUCUCACGUCUCUUUCUUUCCUUAUUUCUUUGUUAUUAUUACUUCGUGUGCUCCCUUUUUACUUGCCGUUGUUGGAAUUUUCAUUGGCUUUGUGAUGCUGCAGCGGCACACGAGAACGAAAAGCGCACCGACACUCUCGGUUUCUUAACUCGGUGGCAUUCUCCUCUCUUUCUCUCUUCCUUUUGUUUUUGAACACAUUUGGCACCCCCUCCUCUCUUUUAAAACGGAUGCAUAAGGUCCCGCGUCACUCAACGCCCUCCUCCCCGGUCAGCGUCCACGUCGAGGUGAAGGGCUCCCUCGACGUGCCCCUCAACUUCGGCCUGCUCUCCGACCUGGGCGAUCCAAUGCUGGAGCAGGAGAUCGUGAAGGAGGCGGUGCGCAUCGCCGUGAUCGAGAGGCUCGGCUACUUCGACAGCAUCGACGUCCGCCUCAGCCCGAGCGGCGGCCGCGAACGGGGGCCACAGUCGAGACCAAACGGGCAGCAGCAGCUCGCCCCGCCCCCCAUGGCCACUCGGCGCGGCGACGCACCACCGCACUACUGCGAAGCCGACAUCGACCUGCAGCGACUGGGUGUCUGCAUUGAGGCAAUUCAGAAGGCGUAUGAAGACUUGCUCGCACAGGCGUACCUCGUGCAGGAGGUGCUGUGUGGUGCUGAACUGUUUGCGGGUGCAGGGCAACGCGCUUGCAACGCUGACACCGAACAGGAGCAGCAGCAGCUGCAAAGCGCGGCAUCCGCCUCCCCCAACUCCAUCCGUCGCUUCUCCUCCGAUGCACCGAACGAGGCUGGCGGUCGCCCUUCGCUGGACAACAGCAGCGGCAGCGGCAGCGGCAGCGCCUUCCCUGACCCCAACAACAACAUAGACACCUCGACGGCAGACCCGGCCUCGGCGCGGUACGCAGAUGCCACGCAUCGCCUCAGCGCCGCCCGCCGAAUCGUGGAGCAGAUGCUGUGCGGCCGGCGUCGCGACGUCGUAAGCGAAGCGGCGGUUCUACAUGACAGCGAACAGCUGCGUCAGGAGACGAACAUGCUAGCGCAGGAGCGCGCCCGCAGCCACAAGGACGGCAACACAGACAGCGGCAACACCACCGGUGUUGGCCGGCACGGCGUGUCGCACGUGGACCACGAGGACGGCGUGGACGCGGAGCUGCGGCGUGGGUUGUUGGCGGAGGACGAGGAGGAGGAUGUGUCGCAGCGUGGACAGGAAACUUCGAACGAGGAUGAGCACGACGAUGACGACGACCUAGAUGAGGAGGCACUGCACGAGCGUUACCUGAGGGCCGGGUACACCCUCUUGUAG